AUGCGAGCAAUGAGGUCACUGGGUUCUGCCUGCAGAGUAGAGGGAACUGGCGGGGCUUUGACAGAGGCGGCAAAGAGGGGCGACGUGGCGGCCCUCGCGGCGUAUCAGAAGGCGGGUGCCGAUUUGAGCGCCAAAGUGCACCAUUUUGGCUACACUCUGGCGCACUGGGCCGCAAUGCGUGACCACGCCGAAGUGCUGCAAUUCCUCCAGGAGGCUGGUGCCGACCUCGAGGCGGCCAGCGACGACGGACGUACUGUCAUGCACUUUGCGGCAGCGGCCGGCAGCAUGGACGCGCUGCGCGUCCUGAUCCAGGCGCACGUGAACUUGAGUCCCGUGGACGUGUCCGGGGAAACGCCGGCCGACGACGCUGUCCAAUAUCAUCCAGAUGCUGAGGAGCUGAUCUUGAAGGAGCGGCAGGAGCAGGAACCGGCGAGUCCUUCUGCUCAGGAAGAUGGGGCUCCUGAGGUUAACCCGUUUUGGAGCGAGAAAGCGAAGAUGGAAAUCUCCAUCCAGAAGGCCCGCCCUCUUGAUCUGGUGAGAUGCGAUGACGAAGUUUUGGAGCCAGAUUACAAUGCUAGCGGCAAGGGCCGAGGAUUUUCCAGUUCACAAGGGAGUUCGGAAGUCAUCAAGGCUGCUGGUGGGCAGGCGACGGAUCCUGGGGUCAAAGGGCGUUUCUUUCAAGAACAAGUUGAGGAGAUCCAGAACUUAAAGACGAAGACCACAACCUCCUCUACCCGGCCCGAACAGACUGUACUGGGAAACUCCGUUCCGCAGACCCACAAUGAGCAGCCCGACUGGCUUACCAUGUCUCCUCUCAAGUCCCAACAGCAUGAAGCCUCUUUGGAAUCUGGAGAACAGCGCGAGCUGGCAACUGAACGGCGCUCUGUGCCGACAGCAGUGAGGGGUGAUGCUCCUGGCCUAGACGGCUUUGCAGGCUUUUGGGGAUUCUUCGGCAAGCCUCGAGAUCCCAGAGACCUCCACAACGUUCGGCACUGCAAGGAGGUCUAUCCCUCUGUCUCCGGAAGCCCAGAAAUCCCAGAAGAGUUCGGCCUACGAGAGGGUUAUCCUUUGCCCCCGGUGCCACCUCUGCCUCCUUUCGCCUCUGAGGGGUGGUCUUCCUGGAAUGCUUCGGACCCCCUUCAUUCCACUCACGACCUGGUUUUGGGUCAAGAGCCUCCACGUCAGUCCUCCCUCGAUAUGGAUUUUGGCCCAUCUGUUCACUCCCCGAUGGCUUUUCCCGGGGACAUGGUUCCGUCUAUGGACUUUGGACUUCAUUCUUUUACAGGGUUCCUUCGAUGGACUUUGGAUUUCAUUCUGCUGCGGGUGCUGGACCUCAUGGACUUCACCCUUGGUCGCAGCUCCGCCCACUUCUGGGGCGUGGAGCAACAGUCCAUCUCCUCCGAAGCAUCCUGCGUUUGGAGCACAACUUCCAGUGCCAUCCUGCCAUGCUGUCUCCUCCUGCGCGGGAGCGGCAAUGCCUCGAUACCAAUCGCCUCCUCCGAGGCCUCCUUCGUCCACUCCGCCUACAACCCUAACAACCCCACCGCGCUUGGAGAUUGGAUCGCAGUGGUCCAGCCGAUGAUUUCUUCACUGUCAGACACCGGAAGUGUCUGGUGGGGUUAUACAUACCAGGCGGCCAACCAGGCCUACGUGCGGUGGCUCUCCACUUCCCCGCUUGAAAGGCUGUCGAUCCAGAAGGAGUUUGAUCAGGUAAAUUUGGUGCAGCCCCAGCAUGCCUUGCUGGAACAGCGAUGCGUGACCUUGAUUCUUCAGGCAAUCCCGGAUGCUGUGAGGGUUGACAUUGUCGCCUCACGCCACCUGAGUGUGGCAGGAAUGAUCUUUCGUCUGAUGACGGUGUUUCAGCCCGGGGGAGCGUCAGAACGAUCAACCAUGUUGCGUUUUUUGGUGACGCCGAAGGCUGCUUCCACUUUGUCGGAGGCUGCAAAGCUGCUGAGGCAGUGGACCCAAUGGCGUAUGCGCCUGAAGCAACUGCACGCAGCAGAGCCUGACACCACGCUUCUGGUUAAGGGUUUAGAUGUCCUGACAGGAAAGGUGUUGCAGAAGCACUCCGCGAGCCUUUUCCGACUUGCCACUUUCCGUGAGCGGCUUGGGGUUGACUACCAGCCGACCUCCGACGCUGUGUCGGAGUUGUGUCGAAUGAUGCAGGCGGAGGUGGAGCACCUGAUGCACUCCACAGAUGACAAUCCUGUGAAGGAUGAGGUUCCGGGCCGAGGGGAUGAUGCUAAGAAGCAGCGCUUGCAGCGCUUGCAGACGUCUCCAAGUACCCCGAAGGCCAAGACUUCUCCAGCGGGACCCAAGUCGCCGGGUGCAGGCAUGAAACCUUGCAGAAGCUGGCUAACGGCUGGCGGUUGCACGUACGGGUCGUCCUGUCAGUUCUACCACGACCAGGAUGAAGAAAAGAUGCGGGGCCGAUGCUUCUGUUGCAGUGCCGAAGAUCACUGGGCGGACUCAUGCCCGGUGAAAGCCAGGUUAAAGGCGGAGGCUAAGGCGGCCAAUGAGGCAGAGGCUGCAGCUCCGAGUCAGGGGGAUGGCAACGCAGCCAUCAAUGCAGAAAUCUUGAGUGUGCUAAGGUCGAUCAAGACCAAGGCCUUGCGGCUUAGUGCUGUGAGCAACCCGACGGGCUACGGCUUGUUGGAUAGCGGGGCCUCCGCUUCUCUCCGCCAGGCAUCGCCUCAGGAAAUCCAGGAGUCCCGCCCGGUGAGCGUGUCUCUCGCGGUCGGCGAGGCUCUGAUGCAUGUGAACUCCGCCGGGACUUUGUUGGUCAGGGAGUCAGUGCAGCCAAUCUUGCCGAUGCAUGCGUUGCCGCUUUUGGGCUGUGAGAUCAACUGGACUGACCGGGGCAUUCACGUGCGGCAUCCAGGUCUCGGGAUCCUCCCGGUGAGACUCAAGGAUGGCACUCCUGAGUUGCCAGAGUUUCUGGUGCUUCGCCUGAUUGGCGAGUAUGAGCGCUUCCUCUUGCGCCGUGAGACCUCAAGGGCCGUAUCGCAACAGCUUUGGCAGCGAUCAGUUGGCCAGGAGGAGGUUGGGCUUUCGUCCCUAAGGGAGUGGGUUGCAGCCCAUGCGGCGGCAGAUUCGUGCAGCGAAAGUGAGCUGCAGCUGAUCGUUAAGACCCUCUUUCCUGGGCUCCCAGAAAGGUUAGCGUCUCAGGUUGCGGUGAGUCCCACCUUUGAUCCCUCCUGCGUUCCUUUCAACCGCCGGACCAGGAGACAGCUGUUUGACCCUCAGGUCCCAACCUUGGUGCAUCUGUUUGCUGGAAAGCAGCGGUGGCGACAUUCUGUCGGCCAAGUGCUUGAGGUUGAUAUUUCCAGGGGAUCGGACCUUCUUUCUGAUGAUGUGUUUGGCAUGCUGCUGCGGGCAGCCACCCUGGGUGUCAUCGAUGGGGUCGUAUGUGGCCCGCCAAGCAGGACCUUCAAUCCUGAAGCCCUGGCGUCCUCCUCGAAUGGCUUGAAGUUCCGAGGGGAAGAGGGGGAUGAUAGGUUUGGGUUUUCAGACCUCAGCCCGUCCGAUCGUGCUUUGGUUGAUCGGGACACCCUGUUGUUCCUCCGGUCUCUGCUGUUGACCUUUGUGGCCUCGUGUGCCAAAGAGAAGUUCUUCAACUGCUUGGAAAUGCCUGAGACUUCCACUGCGUGGGAAUGGCCCGAGUAUGAGAAUGUUUCUGUGUGUCUGGGGGGAUGGACCGCCAGCUUCGACCAGGGCACUCUUGGCCAUCCCUGCUCUAAGGCCACUGCCGUGUAUACCAGCAGCUUUCAGCUGUAUGAGUCUCUUCAUGAGCUGAAGCUUCCUCCAGAGGUGAUUGAAGCCCCGGCUUCUAACUUCUACGGCAAGGAGUGGGCUCCCGGGCUUGUUAGCCGGGUUCUGCGGGCCUGGGAUGACUACUGCUGUGUCAGCUUUGAGCGCUUGCAGGCUCACACCCGUGAGCGGGAAGGACUCCUUCUCAACUUGUGCCAGGAAGCCACUGUGGCGAAGAUGUCACCCGAGGUUUGGGAAAGGCACUGCCAAGCAGAUCAUUUGCCGUAUCGCAAUGAUUGCCCAAUUUGCAUUCAAGGAGCUUCCCGCGAUCGCUCCCACUUCACGAAGCAUCCGCAUCUGUUUGAGCUCUCCAGUGAUGUUGCGGGUCCGUACCACAAGGGCCGGGACUUUGGAGGAGCGUGCAGGUAUUUUGUGAUUUUCACAAUAAGGGUGCCGGUCAAAAGUGAUAAGAAGGAGUGGCGGGAUAAGUCUUCUGAAAUAGCUUUCCAAGAAAAGGUUGAUGAGGCUAAGGCCCAGGAUAAGGAGGAUCCCCAUGCAAGCUUGAUCUACCAGCCGGUGUACACAAAGCUUGGGGAUGACUUCCUUGAAGAGCCAAGCUCGGCCGUUGGGGUUUCUUCCACGCCGGGGGAGGAUGACGACUCAGCUCUUCCUGUGAGCUUUGAGGUUAAAUCUCCUCACAAGCCUCCGCCGCUUCAGCCUGAGGGCAGUGACUCUGAUGAUGGUCAAGAGUUUGUGACUUUGGUGUGGGCUGAGCCGCUGAAGACCCGCCAGUCCUUCAAUGUGCAGCUUGCAAUCAUGCGUGCUGUUGCCCGCCUCCGAGCGUUUGGCAUUCCGUGCUUUCGCUUCCAUAGCGACAGGGCUCGGGAAUACUUGAGUGAUUCGCUUGAAAGGUUUCUAGCCGAGCAGGGCAUUCACUCCACGAGGACAGCCCCUGAGGAUCAUCCCUCAAACGGCGCCGCUGAGGUCGCGAUUCGAGAAGUCAAGCGAGCGGCCCGCAGAGCUCUUCUUUCGGCGAAUCUGCCUUCGUGCCACUGGCCCACGGCAGUGAGACAUGCCGGAGAAGUGAUGUGGCGUAAGGGCCUUGUUCGUUUGGGUGGUGCGGCCAGGUCUUUGCUGGCUUACGGCACGCCUGUUGAGGCUCGUAAGCGCCUUCGCCACAGGGAUGUUUGGAUGUCCCGAACUCGGUCUGGAGUCCUGAUUGGCCCGGCUCCGCAGACCUUGUCUUCGUACCUUGUGCUGUUUGAGGAUGACACGGUGUGCAUUACGUCGGCGGUGUAUCCUGUUGAUUACCGGCCGCGCCCUCCGUCUGAGCCUGCUGAGCCUCCUCUUAGGCCGAAGCCCUUGUCGGGUUCCAGCACAGGUGCGUUUUUGCCGACGCCCCACUACCGUCACGGCUCCAAGGGCCCUUCUGUUCGGGUCACGUUGCAAGGCCCUUCUCUUCCUGCUGCGGGGGGGAUGAGUGCCAUAGCAGAUUUUUCGGAUUUUUACGGUUCGGGCGAAUUUUCCCGUCGGAGUUUUUCUGAGUCUGAGGAUUCCUUGAAAGCUGGUUCGGAUGGGCCGGUUGACUUCUUGUCAGAUUCGUCUGACUAUCCACAGACAGCUGGGAUGCCGGAAGUUCCCCAGCAGGAGUUCUCGACCUUGCAAGGUGUCUGUGAAGAUCCAGCUGCGUCUGAUGAGGUUUUUUCUUCUGAGAAUAGAAGGGAAUCCGGAGAGGACUCAUGUUCAGAGAGCCCGGGGGAGAUUGCAGAAACCCGUGAAGCGGAUGACGCUCCGGGAGUGCCGCCUACCAAUUUGGGCGAGGGUUCAAGAAGCCCGGGGGAGCCUUGUGGGCAUCGGGUUCUAAGGUUUGUGGGUCCGAACCCACAGCGUAUGCCUGAGGCCAAUCCAGCCCCUGGUGGCCGAAAUGUGCAAGGCAUCAACCGCCGCGUGCUUCAGGUCUCCUUUGCCUACAUGUCUCCUGAGCAGUGGGCAGCGGUGUGUUAUCUUGAAGAGGAGGAAUUUGAACGUCAAAUGUCGGACUUUACCCGCUUCUUGGAUCCUGGUGAUCCUGUUGAUGGGGAUACCGAAAUCCCCUUCCUCCUUCUUCGGGGUACCUUGAGAAAUCACCGCUGGGAUCGUUAUCCCACCAUGGAAUAUCAAGAUGCCGAUGGCCGCCGGGCCCCAUUGUUUGAGGUUCUUCAGCACCAUGAUGAUGAUGGCUGGUAUGCCGAUGAUAGCGCAUUUGGGGAUAGGCUAGUUGCCUUCACCAUAAGGGACUUUCGGACCUAUGAGAUUCGGGUUGUAGUCUUGCGACUCUUUGAACAGGAGCCACCCAAUCCCUUGGCUGUGCCUGGUCCCAUUGACCCGCCUCAUAUUCGGGCAUUCCGAGUGAAGGACGAGGCCUCCAGUGCCUCAGGGUCCUACAGCGCUUCAUCUAGCCAAGGCUAUCCACCACCAAUGCUUGCUGAGACCUCGAGUGCUGCCGACCGUCCCGGCCAAGGCUACUCGUCACCCAUGCCUGCUGAAGCUCCUGCGGUCCCAGACCCGUCUGGUUCGGUGUCCAGCUUUUCUUCAGGAUCGCUGGAUGUGUCAGCAACGGGCCCGGUGUCUUCUAGUUCUGGGAACACCUCCACUGUGGAUACUUACUCCACCCUGCAAUCUAGCAUCGCUGAAUGGACCAUUGAUCCUCCCAGCAAUCCUCUAUGCCACAUGCUCCAGUCAGGUGCACCGCUGAGCCCUUACAUCAUUCAGAUUGGGCUGCAGGGCUGUGUGGAAGUUCUUGAGAAUGAUGAUGAUCUUGAAAAAACGUUGCAUUAUGCAAUUCGGGGUUUCCAGUCCGAGCAACGAGGAGGCCGUAUGCUUCCCAACGCUCUUGAGCCUAAGGUUGGCUGGAUUGUGGUUGGAGCUAUGAUAGCCCGUUGGUUAGAGGAUAAUCCUGAAAGUGCGGGUGGCUAUGACGUCCCUGAAAGGGUUAAAGCCAUCGCCUUAGGAACAGCCACUUCCACGGUGCCUGAAGCCCCCGCCCCGUCGAUGUAUGACUUUUGGUUGAAAAAACUUGAUCAUAAUGAUAGAGCGGAUGUGAAUGUCCCAACUCCGCGAUGGGACCGCCGGUAUGCAGUGCUGAGUGAUCGGGAAGCAGAACGACUCCAACGUGGUCGUCCAGUCGAUGAACCAGCCAGUGGCUGGAAUGAGCUCGAUCUGCAAAACUUUGGCUGUUUGCUUCACACCAUGCACAACCCCGAGCAUGCCUUUAUGAUAGGACUGUUUGCCCUUCGAGGUCGAAAUUGGGCUGUCAUGCCUGAGGUGCGUAUGAUUUGGGAUCACCGGCAUACCAAUUCUCCUGUGCCCUAUGUGUUUGGGUACCAGCCCGGUGGCUUGAAUGAUCAAAACACUGAGUACGAGCUUGACCUCCUUGGCGUCGUAGAAACCGAAAGGGUCGUCGACUUUGAAGGCGAACCCAAUCGUCGCGCCUACCUUUACCGGGCCAUCCGAUAUGGCCAACCCCCUCAGUGGUUUCUGAUCGAAAGUAACAUGAUAUGGCAAGAUCGGUUCCGCUCUUCUGAAGAGACCGGUCGCAACCCAGUUCCCAAUCCCCAAGGGCCUCCGCCCUUUGAGAACAGGAGAGAUCGUUCUCCGCGUCGGGACCCUGAUGCUGGGCCUGCCUUUCGUGUUGCUCGGCUCUUCUCUAACUCUGGCGGUUCCCCGUCGGCAACAGAAGCGUUCUCUCCGUGUGAGACCUUCUGCAAGCAGGUGCUUCUUGAAGGAAACUCCGUUUCCACGGGUCAGCUUGCAAAUGCUAUCCGUUUGUACGUUCAAGAUAAGAAAGCGAUCAAUCGGAUCGCGAAGCGCCCUCUUGCCGGGAACCAGAAAGACGAAGCUUCAGGAGCAACGCUCCCUCCUUGGUUCUGGUCUUCCGGGGCUUGGGUUUUCAGUGCUAAGGUUGGAAUCACCAAUACGGUGCAUGAGUGCCCGUGGCUCACUCGCCUUCUUGCUGUGAGCCUCUUCCACCGCACUGGGCAUUGCUUUGCCUCCGUUGGCUUUGUCGUCAACAUUGAGUCAGAGAUUCAUCGGGACUCUCACAAUUCCCUUGAGUCAAUGAAUGUGGUUUGGAAUGUCGGGCAAGGCUCAGGUUCUCUUGAGGUCCGGGGCCAUGAGAUGCCUCUUCCGCCAAAUGCCUGGCUUAGUUUCCCCCCGCGUGAUCUCCAUAAGUCUGGAAGUUGGGAAGGAGAUAAAAUCCUGGUUUUGGGCUACACCCCUAGAUCUCUUGAAAAGUUAACUUCUUCUGAUCUUCUAAGCUUGAGAUGGGUGAAUAUGCCAAUCCAGGACCUUGAGCCUCUGUCGUCGUCUUCCGUCAUCGGAGAACCCUCUCCUGGAGACGGUGUGUCGAAGUUGCUUCCAGAUGAGUGUGAUUCAGGUGAAGAGGAAGCAGACCUCCCGGCAGAGGAAUCUUGGAGUCAGGUGACUCAGGGAUAUGAGCAAAUGCACCAAGCAGUGACGCAUUUCUUGAAGUCACUGCAACGAUCUGUUGUGGGCGCUUCUUCCGAAGGCCCAGUUGACCCUAUCACCUUGCAGGCGAUGCGCGAAGCUUCCUCCCUUCGAAAUGAGUUGGGCUGGCAUCUAGAACUUGCGCGCCUGUACGGCUGCGAUGAGCCUGUCAGUUCCUCCUCGUGGAGGGUGUGUGCCGCUGCCCCUGCAGCCGAACAUCUUGAGUCUCAGCCCUUGCUGCAUACCCGUAUCGUCUCGAAUGAGGAAGUCCGUGAGAAACUGCAUGAAUGGCGUGAUGCCAUGAAAGCAGAGUGCGAUUCCUUAAUUUCGAAGGGUGCUGUUGAGCUUGUGGCAGACAGUCAAGUUGAAAAAUGGAUUUUAGAUGGUGAAGAUGUAGAGAUCCUCCCCGGCCGGGGUGUUGCCACUGAAAAGCCCCCUGUAGCUCCCGGAUCCACUAAAAGGAAUAAGUAUAGAGCUGUAAUUUGCGGCAAUUUUCAAAAGUGGUCCGAGGAAAGGGCGGCAGAGUCCUUCUAUGCCGGAGGAGCGGAUUCUCUUUCGAUCCGCACUGCCUUGAGAUGGGCGGGCAUGAGGAAGCACGGUGGUUCAGGAACUGAUGUCAAGACUGCCUUCCUCAACGCUCCUCUUGAUGAGCAGGAGGCAGAGUAUCUGAUCUGCAAUCCACCUAAGGUGCUGUAUGCCGCGGGAGUUAUCCCGAGGGGCUAUAAGUGGAGAGUCCACGGUGCUCUCUAUGGACUCCAGACCUCCCCUCGUGCUUGGUCCCGCCUCCGGGACAAAACCUGCAGAGUCCUGACCUGGACCGUUGAUGGCGAGAACCGCCACUUGCAACAGUGCGUUGCUGACCCCAACAUUUGGCUCGUCAAGUCCCCUUGCGGUGAGACUGUUGCCUUAAUGUGUUGGUAUGUCGAUGACCUCCUAGUGUUGGGACCCUGGUCGGAGCGAUCUGCUCUUCUUGAAAAAAUCAAGGCCACAUGGGAGUGCAGCGCAUUUACGCAUACUGAAGAUGGCCCAGUUGAAUAUUGCGGUCUUGAGAUUUCGGAGUCUGCGGAUGGUCUCUUGAUUGGGCAGACCAAGUACAUCAAGGAACUCUUGAAGAGGCACAACGUGCAGGGGAGUGCCAAGUCUCCAUGUGCCGCGUGGUCAGCCAACUUCGAUGAUGGCGAAAGCCGUGAUGACCCGGUUGAUCCGGAAGCGGUUAAGGCCGCUCAAAGCAUAACUGGUGAGCUACUGUGGCUCUCAGUUCGAGCGCGCCCCGAGCUGUCUUUUCCAGUCAGCCGCAUGGCACAGUUGACCACCAAGAGGCCAAAGGAUGCGCUAAGCAUUGGGCAGGGAGUGUUGCGUUUCUUGAAUUCUUCACCCUCCCAGUGCAUUGUGUAUGGCCCUCCUCCUGGAGACUGCGGGGCCUCUCAACAGUAUCCAAGGCCCGUCGUUGAAACGACGUUGCAUGCUUUUGCAGACGCCUCUUUUGGGCCAAGUUCAGGCAGAUCCCACCAGGGUCUGCUAGUGUGCUGGGCUGGAGCUCCGCUCCACUGGGAAUCUGGCCGCCAGACGCUGACUGCUCUGUCAACCGCUGAGAGCGAGCUGAUCAGCUACGUCUGUGUUGUGCAAGCAGCUGAAGCUGUUGAGGCCUUGAUUGGGGAGAUCUUUCCAGAGCCCCUUACUCGAUCCCUCUUCGGAGAUAAUUCUUCAGCAAUAAGCAUUGUAAGCGGCCCCCCAACUUCCUGGAGAUCCCGCCACUUAAGACUUAGGUCCCAUGCCCUACGUGAAAGGAUCGAAAAUGGUGUUUGGACGGUUUAUCACUUAAGCGGCUUGCUGAUGCCCGCCGACAUCCUUACAAAGGCGAUGACAGCCUCAAAGUUCGGCGACAUGUUGCCGUUUUUAGGGGUUAAGAAUCCGUCUGAGGAUUGUAGGUUGCGGCUAGCUGCAGUGCUGGCAUGCUGUGCCCUGCUUCUGAAAGGGCAAGGCUCUCCUGAGCCUGAGGGUUGGGGUUGGGUUAUAGUGUACCUUACGGUUGUGAUCUUAGCCUACGAGGGUUUUAGGUCCUUCCUUAGGAGGUUCUUAGGCUUAGUUGCGUACGUGUUCCCAGGCCUCGGUGCUCGAUUUCCCGGGGUUCUGGAUGUGCAUUCCUCGCCCGAUUCUGGGACCACGCAGCAACCUGCCGCAAGCACCCCGCCUUCCUCUUCCACACAGUUGCCAGUCCCUGGUGCUCGACUUCCCAGGGGUUCGUCCUCCUCCAUCGGUGCUCGACUUCCCGGUGGAGCCUCUUUAUCUUCUAGAUCCACUUCGAAUCUUCGAUCCAUCGGAGUGAAUACCAAUCCUGAGGACUACGCUCCUCUUCCUCCUGUUCUUCCAGCUGCUCCUGCAGCUGCCUACCGUCAUCCAAUCGACCUGGUGAGCCAUUCCACCUCCAGCGGCUCCCACUGGCAUCAAAAUCCCGAGUGCUACCAUCUCCGAAACCGGGAUCAUUCAUCGCUGCUUCCGUGCAGUGACUGUGUGGUUGGCCGCACGGUCUUCCAUACUAAUCUCCCUACUGGACUUCGACGCCGCAGGGGAGGGUGA